AUGCCAAACAGGCGGGGUGGAACAUCAUCCGGGAAGCAGCCGCUGCGGUUACCGAUCAUUGCACCAAAGGACGAUGCCUCUUCAUCCAGGACUGCAAGCCGUAGUACCGAUGUGAACUCUCCUAAUCUCUCGGUGCCUUCGCGUGUUCGUCUGCCACCACGAUCGAGAACAGGUUGCUGGACAUGUAGGAGACGCAAAGUGAAAUGUGACGAAGGUCGUCCAACAUGUGGCCAAUGUGCCCGUCUGGGUCAUGUCUGCGACUACAAUCCGCGGCUGUCCUUCCGCGACGACACUCCUCGAGUCAUGGGGAGAAUGGCAGAAGUAUUUACGACGGGAAACUCCGUCUGGGACCCUACGUCACCAACUCGUGCCAGUUGCAGGUCCAACACAUCUCCAGCGGAUGAUACUCUUCCACCUUUCGCAUACCUGACCUCGGACGAGGAACGAGAGCGAAAGGCGGAAGCGUACACUCCAGGUACUUAUCAUGUUAUUGUUAAUCCGAAUAGUUUCUCGGCCCUCCCAGAAUACGCCGACACCUCAGCCGAUGGCGCCAGUGCCGGAGAACCCGACGUCCGUAGGGGUUCCGUUGCCAGUUCUAAAGUCGGCAGUAUUCGAGGGGACGAACAGGAAAACGCCAUGGAGACCGAUGAUCCCAACGUUGUGAUUCUGAGCAAAUUCGAAGAUACUCCACGACGACCUUCAUCCGCUUGGCGAACUUCGAGGCUAUCGGCCACUCCAGAAGCGGCAGAUCCUUCGCCUACCUCAAUCUUCCCUCAACUUUCGCUACAUGAACCAGUCACAGAGGGACUGUCUGGACCUCUGGAGCAGGUGGUUGCGCGGGGAAGCGAUGACGCAAAACUUCUCGCCCAUUUCCGCGAUGUUGUCUGGAAACAGCUUGUUCAGACGCAAUCUUUUCAAGGAGGGUCUCCCAUCUCACAUUUCCACGUCCCAGGAGCGGAAAUCUUUGAGCAGGAAGCUGCCACGUUUCGUCCACUUUUCCAUGCGAUGAUGGCAGUGUCCGCGCUCAGUCUGGCUCACCAGGACGGUGGGCAGAGUAUCGACGCUCUCCAGCAUUAUCAACAGGCGUUCCCCUCGCUUCAGACCAGUCUUCGGAGCCCGCAAGACCUUUGCUCGGACGGACUCUUUCUGACUCACUUCUUGCUGCUUAUCUACGAGAUUGCUGCCGCUGAGCCGGGUGGCUCGAAUCUGUGGUCGCACCACAUCUCCCGGUUACUGCGUAUAUCACUCAUGCGGCGCUCGACUCUCGGGAGCGAGCGAUAUCCAUUUAUAAUUUGGUGGGUUUGCACCAUUGAUCUCUACGCACUCUUCAGCGGUGCGGGAAGCGGAGAGUUUGUUGGAGCCAUGGUCAAGGGCAACAUGCUCCCGGGGCCUGACACUCUUCUGUACCCUACGAGCCCCACAGGAUAUAGCGUGAUCUACCCAGAGGAGAAUGAUAGUCUGCCUAUGAUCCUGCAGAUGCAUCACGAUACUUUCGUCUUGGCUAUACGGUUAGGUUUCCUGGCAGCAGACCUUCGAAGAGAAGCCAUGUCCUCGCGCUUUCUUGCCGGUUCAGUAGGUCCUGCACCGUUUGCCCAUCCUACGAGUCGCCUGAAGAAACUCUUGGAGCUACGAAACAGCUUGAGGUUGCUCUGGGAGUCGCCCAAUGCCAUCUGGCUUCGCCAGAACAUGAGCAGUUUCCCCCCGCGGUCCGUGGAACUGUGGCAGCAGUCUAUAUCUCUCUACCAUGCCUGCGUCCUCUUCUCCUAUACCAGCAUGUGGCCGGGCCAGCGUCUGGGACCGGAAGGUUCUCCCGACGAAGAGCUUAUGCGCCACUCGGCGGCUAUACUACGAAUCGCGGAGAGCAUAAUCCGAGCUGGGCGGUUGGAUCUUCGUUUUAUAAUAUUUCCUCUCUUUACGGUCGGGGUGUCUACACCGUCUGGCAGCCAAAAGAUGAUGGCACUGGACUUCAUAUCGAGCAUGGAGAGGGCCGGCGUUGGGCGCAAUGCGACGACGACACGGCAUAUCCUCCAGAUCGUAUACGAACGCCAGACGCAACAAUUGAUUGCUAUGGGGCAUUCUUUCCAUCUCUACUGGGUCGAUAUCAUGAUUGAGCAAGGGUUACAAGUGGUGAACUUUGGAUUGUGA